AUGGUGCGAGAACAAGCGCCAGCUCGAAACCCACUUACACCAUCCAUGGGUAAUGCGGCGCCUCCUGCGAGGCCUCAAGAGAAGGAUGACCGGCCAGAGGGCCGUCCGCAACCACUCUACCCUACCUUGCAGAACCCACCAGAGCAACCUCAAUUCGGCAGACCUUCAGCACUGGGUGCCUCUCCACAACCGUAUUCACGAACGCAACCUCUUGUCAAACCGGCGGCAAACGUAUCAGUGCCACGACAGAACAACAAGCCUCAGUCAGAUAAAUACUCCAAUUUGUUCGUUGCUUCAAAGAAACCCUCUCAAAGACCAGAACUGCACAAACCGCAUGUUAUCGCAAACCCCCUAGACGCAUUUCGAAACAUUAACAACGCCUCGAGCCAGUCCAAGCCGCGCCUCUCAGACGACGAUCUUUUCGAGGUCCCUAAACCUGCGAGCUUUUCUCAACCUUCACCUCAGACCGCCUCAUCGCAUCAAGCCAGACGGUCAAUAGAUGAUGUAUUCGAGAUCCCGAAGCCUUCUAACUGGCCGUCAUGGCAACCGAACCCUGCCGGUCAUCCUAGCUUUUCAUCCCAACAGUCCACAAAUGCUUUUUUCAGACCACAGAACAUCAUUGACAUGACUAUGGAUAAGAUAGGCUUUGCUACAAAUCGGAGUCACUGGCAGGACGAGCGUUUCGCAUCAUCAGACCCCUACACGUAUAUUGAUUCUGCCAAGGCAAACGAGAACAUAAAAGCGUUACUUGAGGGAGCAUUCGAAGAUGAGGAAGACAAGCCGCGGACCAGAAGACGGAAAAAGCAACUGGAGACAAAACUCGAGGAGAUUUCCGAUAAACUGAAAGUCAUGAGCGUCAAAGGCGAGGAAGGCGAGGAAGGCAAUGAAGAGCAAGCAGAUCAUGAAGAAGAAGAUGAAGAAGAUGAUGGCACUGUUGCCGGCCUCAAGGUUAAACUCCUUCCGCACCAGAUCGAUGGUGUAAACUGGAUGUGUGACAAAGAGACCGGCACCAAAAAGACCCGUGGCGUAUUGCCAAAGGGCGGAGUUCUGGCAGAUGACAUGGGUCUAGGCAAGACGAUCCAGUCCAUCGCUCUCAUCCUCUCGAACCCCAAACCUAGCGCCGAAGAACUCCAGAAAUCGAAACGAAAACUACCCGAAAACAUCGGCAAAGGAACGCUGGUCGUGGCCCCGCUUGCACUGAUAAAGCAAUGGGAAGCUGAAAUCAAAGACCGUGUCGACGAUGAUCAUGCAUUGAGCGUCGUCGUCCAUCACGGACCAAAUCGAACAAAGAACUUCAAGGAUUUAAGGAAGCAUGAUGUCGUGAUUACUACUUAUCACACUCUCUCCUCUGAGCACGCUGGGUCUGGCGGAAAUCUCAAGGUGGGAUGCUUUGGAGUUCACUGGUAUCGAAUCAUUCUAGAUGAAGCGCACAGCAUCAAAAAUCGCAACGCCAAAGCCACCAAAGCCGCAUGCGCACUUGAUGCUGAGUACAGAUGGUGUCUAACGGGUACGCCCAUGCAGAACAACCUCGACGAGCUGCAGAGUCUGAUCCAUUUUCUGCGAAUCAAACCAUACGAUGACCUCAACCAGUGGCGCGAGAGCAUCACGAAACCUAUGUCUAACGGGCGAGGUGGGCUCGCGAUAACACGGUUGCAGGUAUAUCUCAAGGCUUUUAUGAAGAGACGGACCAAAGACGUUCUGAAACAGGGACCUCAACCUGGAAAAGACGGAGAAAAGAAAAAAGGGCCAGGAUUCAACAUCGUGGAGCGAACGGUCGAGAAAGUCGAGGCGGAGUUUAGUCAACAAGAACGCGAAUUCUAUGCUCGGUUGGAAAACCGAACGGAUCGAAGCCUCGCGAUGAUGAUGGCUGGCAACAAGAUGAGCUAUGCGUCGGCAUUGGUGCUGCUCAUGAGGUUGAGGCAGGCGUGCAAUCAUCCGAAAUUGACAGGGAGUGAUUUGAGCAACGAGACUGAUCCUGCAGGAAGUCAGACGCCCAGUCGACGCAAGGCGAGUGUUGACGACGAAAUGGACAGCAUCGCGAAUAUGCUCGGUGGUCUGAGUGUGGAGAGCAGACGAUGCGAUGUGUGUCAGGUGGAAUUGUCCAGACAAGAAGCCAAGGAUGGUGCAAUCCGCUGUAAAGAAUGCGACGCGGAUCUUGAAGAGCAAAAUAUGCAGGUGUCCAAGAUCAAGAAGAGCAAAAAGGAGAAGAUGGCCAAGAAGGAGAAAACGGCGAUUCAGAAACAGCGCAAAGAGGCUAGACGAGUCAUUGUCGAUAGUGAUGAUGAUGAUGAUGAUGGCGACGACGGUAGUGAUGAAGACGAGGAUGAUGAGGAGGAUGUUUCUGCUUCCGACGACGAAUACGACUCAAGUGAGAGCGAGUCUCCCAACAUCAUGCAAUCCACCAAGAUCCGACACUUGCUGGGGAUCCUGAAAGCCGACUCCCACCAACACAAAUACAUUGUCUUCUCCUUCUUCACGUCGAUGCUCGAUCUGAUCGAACCGUUUCUCCGACAACAGAGGAUCAGGUACGUCCGGUACGACGGCAAGAUGCGCAACGAUGCACGCGAGGCGAGUCUACACAGUCUACGCACCGACCCUUCGACCCGUGUUUUGCUCUGUUCCCUGCGCGCGGGCAGUCUGGGUCUGAACCUCACUGCCGCGAGCCGGGUGGUGAUCCUCGAACCCUUUUGGAACCCGUUUGUCGAAGAACAGGCCAUCGACCGGGUCCACCGUCUCAAUCAGACCGUGGAUGUAAAAGUUUACAAACUCACCAUCAAGGGCACGGUCGAGGAGAGGAUUCUGGAGUUGCAAGACAAGAAACGGGAAUUGGCCAAUGCCACCAUAGAAGGCAAGACGGGUGCCAUGAAGCUCACCUUGCAGGACAUGCUGAAGUUGUUUGGGAGGGACGCGGAAAGAUCUCAACCUGUCGAUGUUUCGUCGUCUCAGGUUGGUUUGGCGGCUGGUGGAAGAGUAGGGAGAGGGUUGUUGGAGCCUAGUCAAUUACAGUCACAAUCUCAGUCACAAUCUCAUAUGACGACGAUGAACUCGAGCACGAGUAUGGGUAUGAAAGACGCGUAUGUUGGUGGUGGUGGUGGUGGUGGCGGCGGAAAAGAACGAGCCAGAGAAAGAACCAGUGAUGGUGGUGCCAAGAAGAAAAAGGAACAUGAGAUUUAUGGACGACGAUGGUGA